GAAGCUCGUGCUUCGCCCAGGAGAGGCCGAGUUCGCGAGGGAGACAGCCAAACUACUGGACGAGGGCUUCCUGGUCACCCUAGACUAUGGCGCCGAUGCCGACGCUCUACUUUGGUUUGCUGCCAUUCGGCCCCACUACGAGGGGAUCCACAUCAUGGAUGCUCGGGCAGAGUUCCUUGACGUCUGCACAGUAGUCUCCCACCUCGAAUGUCCAGGACUCCAAGAUCUCACCACGUCUGUGGACUUCACGGAAGUAGCUAUGGCGGGUGCUGAGUGCGGAUGGACGCAGAAGGCUUACGGACCCAUUUGGCUCUUGGAGUUGGGGUCUGAUCACGGUGGCCUUGGGCAUCUGCUGGAGCGCGCGGGGGGGCUUCGAAGCCCUUCAUUGCAGGCCUGGUACCUGACGCCGGAGCAGGACCCUUGGGCUUCCUUCAAAAUUUUGGUGCAACACCGAGGACAGCGUGGAGGAGGCUGGAGCCUUGGGCCCUUGUCACAGGAGUGGCCCUUGAGCCCUGUGCCGCGCCUGUUGCGAGCCCCAAGCCCGUGCUGGAGUCGGGACAUCACAAAGCCGCCCCUAGCAAGCCUGGUAACCACGGCCUCGCACCAAAGCUUGGGCGAGAAGGUGUGGCGGAUGUAUUCAGCAGCUACUGAAUAUGCUGAUCAGCCGUUGCAGACAUUGCAUCCUGAAGCCAUUCUUGAGGAUGAGAGCGUGGUAGACACCCUUUCCCAGCACUUUCUUGCCUUUUUGAUGCAGGAGGAGCUCCUUCCGUUGUUGGAACAGCAGAGUGAGGCACAGCAGCGAGCAUAUGCAAACGCUCACUUGGCCGCUUUGCUGGUGGACUAUUGGCGCUAUCUGGAGCCAAAGGGCAGCAAUUUCACUGCGUGGAACCCGGUGCAAGAGCAAGUCCGCGACAUGGCAGCAAGCAGAUUGCUGCCGAUACUGUAUGGUGAGAAGAGGUUCGAGGAGGUCUUUCGUCAGCUGGAAAAUCAUGUUUUCACCUUCAAUGGGUCUGUUGCUCUGAGGAGCGCAGAAGCCUCUCCACCGUAUCUUUGUUUGGCCUUAAAGGCCUUUCAUGGUUAA